GCACCAUGUACAAAGCAAAAAACAUCAUCUUAUAAAAAGGAAAAGUUUUCUUCAGAACUACAGAAAUUGAAUAUUUUGGGUGAAAAUGAAAUGCAAAUUGUUUUCUCAACUUUGGUUGGUAUUGGAGUUCUCUAUUUGCUGUUACACCUAUGAUCAAACUUCAUUGCCUGAUACAGAAGAUCAGCAGUUUACACAGGACUGUGUGAAAACUCACAAUUAUUUUCGAUCCAGGGUGAAUCCUUCAGCCAGCAACAUGCUACGUAUGACCUGGGACCCUGCAUUGGCAAAGACUGCCAAAGCAUGGGCAAAGCGGUGCCACUUUAAUCAUAAUAUCAAUCUCGGAACCCCAGGAAAGGUUCACCCUAAAUUUACUUCAGUUGGAGAAAAUAUCUGGACUGGCUCACUGUUUCUGUUCUCUGUAAAAGAAGCAGUGAAAAAGUGGUAUGAUGAAGUCAAAUACUACAACUUUGAGAGCAGAGCAUGCACUAAAGUUUGUGGUCAUUAUACACAGGUUGUUUGGGCAACAAGUUAUAAAGUUGGGUGUGCUGUCCAGUACUGCCAGAGUGUUUCGGGUUUUGACGAACUCUCCAACGCAGCACAUUUUGUGUGCAACUACGGACCAGCUGGCAAUUAUCCAGUGAAACCUUACAAAACCGGAAGCCCAUGCAGUGAAUGUAAUGGAGAAAAGUGUAUAGAUAAUCUCUGUGAGAAUCCAGAGCGUGACCAAUUGCUGAGUUACUCCAAUUGGUCACCAGAUUGGGAUGUAUCUGAACAUGGCACAAAGUCCCCAUCCAAAGCUCCUCCCAUUCUACCGCAACCCAAUCCUCCACAUCCUACCAGAUUCACACCAAAGCCGAAGUCACCACAUUCUAUUCCUUUGUCCCCCAGUGCUCCUACUCCAUCCCACUCUGCUUGUGAUUCAUACUGUAUUACUGUGAUAGUACUAAGAUUAUUGUCUAUAUUGUUUACUUUUGGUGCUGUGGCCAUAUUAUUCAAGAAAUAUCCCCAAAUGUUUGUUUAUGAAUAAUCUCGAACAUGUACAUUGCCUUUUUCAAAACUUUUCAGACUUUAAAUUUUAAAAGCUCCUAGUCUUUGUUGCUGCAUACAUAAUAUCACCAACACAAUAGCCAUAUGUUUCACAGAAAACAGAUAUCAGAAACUUUCAAUACAAUUGACUCCUGUCUGACUCAAUUGGCCUGCUAGUUGCAGGAGUGCUUAGCCCAGUGCAAGCUAAUCAGAAAACCCUUCCUAAAGGGUUACCAGAUCCAGGUUGGGGAAUAGCUAGAGAUUUGGGGGAUGGAGCCUAAGGAGGGCAAGGGUUGGGAGGGAAGGGGAGGGACUUCAGUGCAGAAUUCCAUAGAGGCCAUCGUCCAAAUCAAACAUUUUCUCAGUGUGAACUGAUCACUGCUGUCUGGAGAUCAGUUGCAACAGCAAGACAUCACCAGCUACUACCUGGAAGUUGGCAACCAUAUAAAGAACUCUUUGUGAUUAUGCCUUUGAGUUCAUAUGAUUGAGCCAGAUGCUUUAAUUUUGACAGUUUGAUGUUGCAGGUUAUUUUUGGGAAAACCAGAAAAACAGUCCCACUUAAUUGUUAUAUCAUCGUCAAGUGUAACUUACAAUAAAACAAACACUGCAUUCUU